CGGAAAGGCCAUUGCUGUUUACAAAUGACUGACAGACCGAGUGCUUCUCCACCAUAGGCCUACAGAUCAAUAUAGUCAUCAAAUCAGAAAAGAAGAAUUAAUGUAAUGCAGAACUCUAUUAUUGUCAGCAAGGAGGCAUUUCCUUAAAAUAAGACGCACUACUGUCUUCAUGGUAUUCAGAAAAUACUUGAUUUAACCAGCUCUAGAUUUAUACACCGUAAUUCAGUGUAAAAACCGAGUCAAACAGAGUGUAAACUUAAACUACCAAAGUGCAUCGACCAAUUACCACACAGCAUCAAUUUUAAAUCAAGUGUAAUUUCUAUGGAACCAACUAAGCACCAAAUGGAAUCAACCAGGUAUCACAGGGCAGAUACAGAGCGCAGGACAUCAAACAAGCACUUGGCAUAAGCGAAGGAAUAAAGCAAGCUGAAGACAUGCACCAACAGCAGGGGCCUCCCCUACCCCCGAACUGGACACAUGCUUUCACGCCCGAGGGUCAAAUCUACUUUAUAAACCACAAUGAUGGGAGCACCAGCUGGCAGGAUCCCAGGAUGUUUGCCCCAGGACAAGUGCAGCAAGUUGCCCCAGGACAAGUGCAGCAAGGUCAGUCCAUACUAUUAGGUAUAAUAACGAUGUUCGAUUUAGUGACUGCUAACGAAGAACAGCACGACCAUCAACGAAAGGAAUGGAGGAAAUGGAGGUCUCAAUGUGAACAGGAGGGGAAUACAGGAACCUUACAAGCAUGUGUGAAGGCUUUCCAGGAGAGAGUAUGUGUCCAAGGUUUUCCCCCAAGGACAACUGAAGGGGCUAAAAUGGCUUCCGAAAUAUACACCAUGAUUGAGGCAGUGAUGGACAAAUGUGAAAGUGAAGGAAGAGUGGCAACAGAAGAAUGUCAGAAGAUGUUGUUUGAACUGAUCUUGGCUCUUUUGAAGACAGGAUCAGGGACAACUUCUACAAACAUCAUUGCAAUUAUUGUUGGCAAGUCAAGUACAAAGAGGAUGAAAUCUUACUUGAUGAAUUUGGAAGGGGAUAAUCUCACAAGAUUAAUUGAGGGUUUAAAACUGUGGACUCACACACCGGAGGAACCAAAAAUGUCUUUGAAGCACCAAAGUGGUUACUGGAGGGACUGUACCAGUAUUCUUCUGAGAGACAUGCUAGGUGAUUCUAAAAGUAACAAAGUCUAUAAGCCAGAGAUCCAUCAACAACUUUUGGAUCUUUACCUGUUCUACUUCACAAAGAUGGGCCAGGAACCAGAGGAAUAUGCUACCAAUAUAGAUCAUGUCAUGUCUUUGAUACCAAAUGCUUACAGCAAUAAGCAUGAAAAGAACCCAUACAUGGUCCUAGAAAAGGUGGACAUUCUACGGGAACAUUGGAAAGCUGUAGGAGUCAUUAUUACCAGUGAUGGAUUCAUAUUUGAACGCCAGGUCAGAAUGGCACAAACACUUGUCGAGCAUAUGGUAAAAUGUGUCUUAAAAAAGAAGUGGAGUGUUGAAGUUUGGGAUGACAUGCUGGAUAUUAUGAAGAAAUUUUACGUUUCUGAAAAUGCUUUGAAACACCAAAAUGUAUUACGAUAUAUAAGAAGUCUACUUGACGAAACUCCAAAGGAGAUUUACAAAAAUAACCCUCAGUUAGUGGAAAAGCUUGUACCAGUGAUCACCGACCUGUUACGGAAGCAGCCAGGAAAUAUAGUAUGGGCUUACGGAUACUGUUCUAUCAUGACUGAAAAUGCCAGUGCACAGAAGGGAACAGAACUGAAUUGGUUUCAAAUCCUAAAAGCACUCAUGGAAGCAGACACAGGGGAUGGAGCAUAUGCAUGUUAUUACACCCUGCGGGAGGGAAAAUUCAAGAAGAUUUGGAAUUGGAAACAAAAUUUUCAACAUGCCAUAGAUAUCCUUAAACCUAUAGGAGAGGUCCACCUUAAACUGACAGGCGAUAAGGACAAAACUAAAAGGCUGUUGGAUUACUGCGGGAAAACCAUCGAAACACUUCUGGAGCAGUUCAAAAUUGCCAAAAUUCCAGAGAAGCUGAAUGGAGACAUGGCUUUACUGGCCAUUACCAUGAUGGAGAAAAGAUCGGAAAGACUCAAUGGUUUUAUUCAAGUAUUCUUCAAUUAUGUCACUUUUGAGGCUAACAAGGACGUCAUCCCUGACAUUAUCAAGAGAUUUUCUGUGCUGCUUUUCGACAGAGAUUAUAUUUGGCAUCACGCUUACUCAAAGAGAUGUGGGAGCAAUGUCAUGAAGAAAAGCUUAACCGCCUACAGCACGGGAAAGGAAAUACCUGAUGACGUCAAUGAAACCUUCAUAAAGAUGUUUCUAUGGACUAUGCAGACACAAGGCUUGGACUACAUAGAUAUGGAAAAUGGAAACCUAACCAUCUAUGGCACUGUAGCUACACAGUUCUUGUUAGAGUUCGUACAAAAGCAUGUUUCCAGCCAGAAUUCAGGACCUUGUAAGCCACUGAUACCAGCCAUAUUGAAACAGAUGGAGCACGAGGAGGAACAGCUUAGGAAUACAAGUUCAUCAAUUAUUAGGCAAAUCAGUUCAACUGAUCCCACACUUUUAGAUGGUCAGCUGAGCACUCUUGUGGAAUGGUACAAAAGAACAAGUUCCAGUGAUGCCAUAAGUGCACUAACAAAGCCCUACGAGGAGAGUGAUGGGUUUACAAAGCAGGACUUCUACAAUGUCAUGACAGCAUUGGAGGAAAACGGUUGGGGUGAUAUUAGCAUGGAGUAUAGUAACUGUACGCUAUUAAAAGCAAUGGCAGUGAAACAGGGCGAGCUCUUCACCCAACAUCAUGUUGACUUUAUGGUCACGUUAUUGGAGAAGAAAAAACUCCAGUACUUCAUAUUGACGGCUUUGAGUGAAAUUAUACCAAAAAGACCAGAGCUGUUUGGAGAUAACAUCAUUGAACAUGUUCUAAGAAAUCAAGAAAUAGACCAGAUGUACGCAUCAGGAAUACAGGUGGUAGCCGUCAACCUGGGACUGAAGAAAGAGGCAUUGGUGGAUACUAUUAUGAAAGAGCUCAUCCUUCUGUCAAAAGAUUUUAAAGAGCCGAGUUAUCAGUACCAACUGUUAGACGCCAUCCAAACCUUGGGUGCUAAGUAUGGUGUAGACUCUCUCAAACCUCAUCGCAAAUACUUUGAGGAAUUGCAGCAAGAAGGAAGAGCUUCCUAUCUGAAAGUCAUAGGCACUUCUAUUGUUAACGCAAUGGAUGGAAUCAGUAUGGAAGGUAUUGUCACAGAUGUCAUACAAACCAAACAAAAGGUCAAUACCCUUGACAAGAAAGUCACAAAUACAGAAAAGGAAGUCAAAGGGAUGAAGACAACAGUUGACAGGCAUGACAAAGAAAUAAAAACAGUCAAAACUGGAAUUAAAACUGUCACAAAACGUGUGGAUGUGGUGAAGAAAGAUCUUGAAGAAACCAAGGUCAAGGUCGAAGAAAUUGACAACAAGACGAUGUCCAACGCUCCAGCAUGGUCAAGAGAUCUUACCAAGUUGAUGAAUCCAAAGUCUGAGCACGAUUGGAGACUGUUGGCCCAGCGUCUAGGAUAUUCACCAAAAGACAUCAAGGCAUGGGCCACCCAACAUGAUCCCUGCAUGGCCCUUCUCAGUGAAUGGUACGCUACCCACAAGACAAUAGAAGCCAGCCAUGCAGUACUGACAAUUCUGCAAGAAAUGAACAGACUGGAUGCUGCAGCCAUUGUGGAGAAUGCUAUGAAGGCUGUAGAGGAUGUUGUGGAGGAAGCCCCAGAGUACACCACUCCUCCUCCGAUCUUCCUUAGCUACCAAUGGGGUCACCAGAAUGAGGUCAAGUUACUACGGCAACACCUCCUCAUGGCCGGCUAUGAAUGCUGGAUUGAUGUUGGACAAAUGGGAGGCGGGGAUAAACUUUUUGAGAAGAUUGACAAUGGAAUCAGAGGGGCUAAGGUCGUGAUAUGUUGUGUAUCGGAAAAGUACUCUAAAUCUCCAAAUUGCAACAGAGAGGUGAACCUCUCUGUCACCCUUGGGAAGCCCAUGAUCCCCCUCCUGAUGGAGAAGAUGGGCUGGCCUCCUCAGGGCUCUAUGGGACCCAUCUUCAGCGAGUACCUGUUCGUGAGGUUCUUCCAGCGAAAAGGGGAAGAGACCAAGGACCAACGUUACUGGCCAGUUCCAAAAUUUCAUGAACUUCUGAUGCAACUUAACAUCUACAAAACCAUGCCUGAUGAAUCACUCAUAACAAAAGAGUACAGAGACUGGUGGGUUCCUGUAGCAGAGGAAAUCAUCAUUUCCAAGAAACCACUGAACACUGAAGGACAGAGUACAGCCAGCACAGCUGACGGAAAGAAAAAGGAAAAUGUGUCCCCAGAUGUGUUUCUGUCGUACCAGUGGGGUAAGCAGAAAGAGGUCAAGCAGCUCUACAAGAGACUCUGUGAGCUUGGUUUAACCUGCUGGAUGGAUAUCUACCAGAUGGGAGGCGGGGAUUCCCUGUACGAAAAGAUUGACCGAGGUGUCCGAGGCUGUAAGAUUGUUCUUACCUGUGUGACCACCAAGUAUGCAGUCUCGGCCAACUGUAGACGGGAGGUCAGUCUGGCCGAUUCCCUGAAGAGGCCUGUGGUCCCGCUCCUGUUGGAAAAGAUGGAUUGGCCACCUAGUGGGCCUAUGAGCAUGGUCUUCACACAGCUUCUGUUCAUCAAUUUCUACCGUGACGAGAAAGUCCAGAUGACGUGGACAGGGGAUAAGUUUGAUGAGCUCCUAGCCAAGAUUACGGAACAUGUGCCUAAUACGAUUGGAUAUGUUGUGGAUACAACAAAACAAGAGGUAAAAGAAACAACAGUUGCUACAAAAAGGCCGGAGAAGAAAUCAGAAAUCAAAGCACCGGUUUCAAAAUUUCAAACUGCAGCAAAAGAAAACACAAGUCCAGUUAAUGAGCCUUCAUCUACUGUUGCAGUUGAAAAAGAAACGGAUAAAGAGCAUAUACCAGCUCCACCACCGGCUCUUCAUACAGAGGCUUCACCUUCUGCACCACGUCAACCUCCACCUCCACCUCCACCUCCAGCAUACUCAUACGAUCCUCGAUUUGCCCAACCUCAACCACAUAUGUCUGGUCAACCCUACAUGCCAGCUCAGCAGUAUGCGCCAGCUCAGCCGCAUGCACAACCUUAUUCUCAACCACAGCACUACGGGCAACCUCAACCACAUGCCCAACAUCAACAACCACCAUACGGGCAUCAACCAAUGUAUGGACAAGCACAACCACACAUGCAGCAUCCACCCAGCCAAGCUGCUCCGACUCAAGCGAGGCAAACAAACGAAAAGUCGUCCUCGUGUGUGCUUCUUUAACGCUUCUGUUGUUUAAUAGGAAGGCUACGCAGAAAAAAAUACCACUUGGUUUCAUUUGUCUAGCAAUAUUUUGUAACUAUUUUGUCUGAAUCAUUACUACACAAAGGUUCCUAUAAAUCUACCAAUUAUUUGUUUAUUUGUAACGUUUCGAUGAUUAUAAUUAGUUGCCUGUAUCAGUCAAAUGAUCUGUAGCGCAAGUCUUUUAUCUUUUGUUAUGAUAAACAAAGGAAUUUCGACAUUCCUUGUUGACUUAUAGAUAUAUUGGUUUUUCUUUUGUAUUUACCAUUACUAUGUACAAAUUUCCCCCUUACAUAACACUUUGUUUUGCUGAUGCUGAAACCAUCAAUAUAUGCUGUCAUUUAUGGUAAUUCAGCUUUGUUGUAUUAAGCAAUGUUUUAUUUACUUCAUUUAUUUAUAUACUUUUUUUUGUGUCUUUAUUCUUUAUUAUUUGAACGUGAUCUCACGACCUUUGUGAGUUUCUGUAGAUUGACCAAUAAUACUUAACUACCUGGAAAUUAUUGUUAAAGUGUGCAACGAUAUGGGGAAAGUGUCCUGAGUGUCAGAGUGAUGUGAUCUGUGUUGUUUAGAGCAUGUUUAACAUUUUAUAUACUUGUAUAAUAUUUUGUAAGGCAACUGUGCACUGACCUUUUUUAAUUGUUCGUUUCGUUUAAAGUUUUAGAUUUUAAAACAUGUUACUUGUUUACAUAAUUAUAUACAUUAUCAUUGUAUACAGACUGCAAAAAUAGAAAGACUUGCUUAAGUAUGCCGUACUGCAUAUUUUUGAUUUCAUUAACUGUAACACUUGACGUUGUUUUGUUAUGAGGUUGAUAUAUGAUAUGUAUAUAUGAAAUGAUGCAAAAUGGUAUAUGUUUUAAUACUUUUAUUCUUAGCUGUGAUUAUACAUUCUGUUAUAUUGUUGUGUAUUUUUUGUAUUUAUCGUUGCAUUUCGUUGUGGGUUUUUUAGGAUGGGAUAUCGGCUAUUAAUCCAAUAUUCGUUUUGGGUAUACAGGGCCCAAUAUUGAAUGUACUUUUGUCAUGAAGAUGGCGAUUAACUUUAAUAUUGUUUUGAUGAAUGAGUGUGAGCAAAUUAUAAUGUCAUUAUAUUUGCACGACAUAUUUCGUUUAUAAGUCCA